AUGGCUUCUACUACCAACCUCUCUGCAACACUUCUCAUUUUCUUAGUCCUUCUCUACUCUUCAACGUUCUCCAUGGCUUGCGGUACAUGCAAACCUGCUCCAGAACCACCAAAACCACCAACACCGGUACCAGAAUCACCAACCCCGGCACUGGCACCACCAGCAUCACAACCACCAAUGACACCAACACCAACACCAUUAACACCAGCGGCACCAGUACCAGCAACACUACCAUGUCCAAUAACACCAGCACCAACACCAACUUGGGAAACUUGCCCAAGAGACACAUUGAAGUUAGGGGUUUGUGCAAACCUUUUGGGACUUGUGAACCUUCAAAUUGGAUCGCCAGUAACUAGCCCAUGUUGUGCAUUGCUUGAAGGGUUAGCUGAUUCGGAGGCUGCCAUUUGUCUUUGCACCGCGCUUAAGGCCAAUGUGCUUGGUAUUAACUUGGACAUACCAGUUGCUUUGAGCUUGCUUGUUAGUGCUUGCCAGAAAACUGUCCCUCCUGGUUUUCAAUGUGCAUAA